AGAAGAAGAUUGCGCGGCAAUGGGGACCCAUUCAGAUUGCUGCCCUUGGGCAGACGAAGAACUAGAGUAUAUAAAGAGUGUGGGGAAUCCCUGAGGAAUGUUAGUUGAACCAGACAAGAUCAGCAUCCUACGGCCUUCAUCUCAGUUCUCGCCAUCCAAAAGAAGACAGUGCCUCUGCAAUUAGCUACACGGAAAGAUGAAGUGCUUCACUACUCUCCUGAGCUAUGCCUCGUUAUUAGCUUUGGCUUCUCAUGUCUCGGCCGUGCCAACCCCCGAGAUCAGCCAGGCCAUCGAGGCGCGUCAGGCCCUCGAGGCACGACAGGCCCUGGAAGCACGACAGACGACUGGCGUGAACUCCUCUAACAACAAGAACACCAUCAACCCAGCUACCGCGAUCUAUCCCAAGAAGGCUGCCGGAGAUGCCCCUUACUCGGUAGACGAGAACACCCUCCGCAGCGCCAUCUACAUCCCAUCGACCUUCCAGUAUGGCAAGACCGGAAAGCAACCGGUGCUCCUGGUUCCCGGAACUUCGCUUCCAGGAGGGGUAUCAUAUUCGAAUGCCUUUGGAAAGCUGUUGGCUGCUUCCACCUACGCAGACCCAGUAUGGCUCAACAUCCCCGGCUAUAGUUUGGGAGACGCGCAGGUGAAUGGUGAAUACGUGGCCUACGCCAUGAACUACCUUUCUGGCGUCAGCCAGCAGAAGAACAUCUCUGUGAUUUCAUGGUCCCAGGGAGGCAUCAAUACACAGUGGGGCUUGAAGUACUGGCCGUCGACAAGGAGCGUCGUGUCCGAUUUCGUGGCUCUCGCCCCAGAUUUCAGGGGCACUAUUGAGGCCGACUUGGUCUGCAGCGGAUUGACCAUUGCGCUCUGCACACCAUCGAUCAAACAACAAAGAGACAAGUCGAACUUCAUCGCCACGUUCCGAAGCAACGGCGGCGAUAGCGCAUAUGUUCCCACCACAACUUUCUACAGCGCCACCGAUGAGAUUGUCCAGCCAGAGUCUGGAGCUGGCGCGUCUUCUAUUAUGUUGGAUGCUCGCAAUGUCGGUGUCUCAAACAACCAGGUCCAAGAUAUGUGCCCUGGUACCAUUCAAAUUGUUCUCCACGAAGGUGUUCUGUACAAUGCAGUUGCUUGGGCUCUCAUCGAAGAUGCACUCACCCAUGAUGGACCAGGAAACCGCUCUCGAUUGAAUACCGCGACGCUAUGCUGGGCUUUGGCUGCCCCAGGUCUGAACGGCAUCACGGGUGAAAGCAUCUUGCUCACUGCUGUUCCCAACAUCGUCGCGUACAAGACCCAUGUUUUCACCGAGCCAGCUAUUGCGGCAUACGCUAAAUGAGGGGGGU